UUUAGACCCGUCCUGCCUGGUGGAUCACGCUGUUCCUGCGCGUUUCCAUCGGAUUUUACGCACACGUCGCCGGAGAGAAGCGAGCGGAAAGCGUCCUUGGUGCCAUUUUUCUCGUCUUAACAAAAAGUAGCAGGUGUAAAACUUCCAACUUGUUAAUAAUUUUGCAUUCUAGGGGAAGUAUUGCUCCUGGCGACGCUGUGGAUGCGUUGUGCCAAAAUGUUUCCCUGGCGACGCGCCUGUGCUUCGGUUUCAACGCCAGGAUUGUGGACUGUUAGCUGGUUUUACGGCGCUUCACUGGAUUAUAACUGGGGAAAAUAACCUGUUCGAGACUACAAGCUGCCCCACGAAGGUCACUUCUGCUCGGAUAAUCUACUUGCCAUCUUUUAAGAGCGACGAAGGUGACAGCGGUGUAUUUUUCGGUGGAUGCGCAUUUUGGCACAAGAACGCAGCGAUGCCGCGUCGGAUCCGCGUCCUGCUGCUGCUGCUGCACCUGGCUGUGCUGCUGUCCGGCUGGCCCACCGGGGCGGUCCGCGUGAGGAAGAAGGCCACCAGAACCCGGUCAUGUCUGGACCUGCCGGAGGAGAUUCUGGAGCAGAUGUUCGGGCGGCUCUCGGUCGGAGUGAUGAGCGCUUUCCAUCACGCUCUGCAGCUGGAGCCGCAGGAGAAACUCAACCUGACCUGCCCGAGCACCGCACGGACCCCGACCGACGGCAAGACCCGCCUCCCGGUCAACCUGCGCAGCAUCUCCCCCUGGGCCUACAGGCUCUCGUACGACCCGAACAGAUACCCCCGCUACAUCCCAGAGGCCUACUGCCUGUGUAAAGGCUGCCUGAUGGGAUCCUAUGGAGGGGAGAGCAACCAGCACCGCAGCGCUCCGGUCUACGCUCCCUCCGUCGUCCUGAGGAGGACGGGAUCCUGCAUUGGUGGCCGACACUCCUACGCUGAGAUCUACGUGUCUGUAGCCGUUGGAUGCACCUGUGUGCCGCUGCAGGAGAAGGAGAGGGACGGCCGGAGCAGCAACCAGAGUCUGGAGGGAGGACAGAACAAAGCCAGGAGGCUCUUCUCUGCAGGAAAGAAAGCAUGAAGCAACCCAGACUCUAGAUAAGUCUUUCUACAUAUCACCUACAGUUGUUUCCCCCGCUGACACUUCAAACAUUUAAAGGGAUCAUACUUCUGAAGUAGAAGCUCCUGGAACUGUUCCUUAACAUGUACAUGUUGAAUAUUUGGAUAAAGAAUUUAAUGACGAACACAAAGCUAAUGAGGACGUUUUAUUGUCUGUAAGACAUUUUAUUUGGUCCACUUUCACUGUUGGCUUGUUUACAACAUGUUUUUUUGUUUUUUUUCCAUCUACACUUGACAAAGAUGUCUGGACCGCAGCAAUAAAGAUACAAAAUGCAGGAGAAACUCUGUCUGAUGAAUCUGUUGAAGGUUUGGUUGAGUCAAAAGCCCAGAACUGUUUUUAUUACACUCUUGUAUCAGAUAGUUUUGGUUUUGUUUGCUCAAGCUUUGUGAAACUAAUCAGAGAUUUCCGCCACACAUCCCUCGACAGAAAUCUCAGAUAGUUAACCGCAGCACAUAAAACCUGACCCAUCUGUCUGAGCAUUUCCCACCAAAAAUAAACGAGAACAUGUGUAUUUGGAAUCUGGGUGGACCGAACCUUCGAGAAUUAAACCAAACAAAUGCUGAGCAGUGAAAUAAAGCUCACUGAUCAGGGACCUGAUCAAUGCUGCCACCUACUGAUCAGCAGGAGGAAGCUGAGGUCAGGGGGUUUUCGUUGUACUAACUUCUGCAUUCGUGUGUCCGUUUUUGCUCCCGUAAAUUAAUCUUCUAAUCCCUUUCAUGCACCUUGAGGAACCACAGCUGUAUCCUACCUGUCACAUCCUCGCAGAAAACUGAAAACAGCCCACGUUUAAAUGUUAUUCAGACACGUUAAUUUAACAAGUCGUCAUUAAAACAAUAAACAGUCCAGAUGGCAGAGAGCUCACUCUCCUUCUCCCAGUAACUGUACAACAAACACAGAAUAACACUUGUAUAUUUUACAGUCUUGUUUGGCAUUUUUAGGACACAGAAACUGUAAAUCAGAUGGUUUAAAGCUGUGCUUUCUCAGACGGUGAUCCUCAGAUCAUGGAAAGCGGUAAGAAGUUUUUCAUUUGUUCUCCCUGCUUCUCUUUUUGUUGGUAAGUCCUGAGCAGAUGCUGCUUCUUUGCCUCCUGAUAAUCAAUCAGAUGAAACAUGUAAAGAAAAAAGUGUUUAUUUUCUGACUGAACUGUUCACUGUUCUGGGUGUCUGGUGGAGGAGAGAUGAUCACAUUAAAGUUUUAGUGUUUCAUG